GGACCCCACUCUGAUUUCUCUGGACCAACAUCUGGAAGCACGGCUUGUGUUGCUAUUAUCCGAAACAAUCAACUUCUUGUUGCAAAUGCGGGUGAUUCUCGGUGUGUAAUCUCUAGGAAGGGGCAGGCAUACAAUUUAUCAAGAGAUCAUAAACCUGACCUUGAGGUUGAGAAGGAAAGGAUCUUAAAAGCUGGUGGUUUCAUUCACGCAGGACGUGUCAAUGGAAGUUUGAACUUAGCAAGAGCUAUUGGUGAUAUGGAAUUCAAGCAGAACAAAUAUUUGCCUGCUGAAAAGCAAAUCGUCACUGCCAAUCCAGACAUAAAUACUGUUGAGCUUUGUGGGGAUGAUGAUUUUAUCGUGCUUGCAUGUGAUGGCAUUUGGGAUUGCAUGUCGAGCCAGCAACUAGUUGAUUUUGUGCAUGAACAACUGAAGAUUGAAAGCAAGCUUUCAGUGGUUUGCGAAAGAGUAUUGGACAGGUGCUUAGCACCAUCAACGGCUGGUGGUGAGGGAUGUGAUAACAUGACGAUGAUCCUGGUGCAGUUCAAGAAACCGAGUGUGUCCAUAGCAGCACCCAUGGCGGAAGAGUCAUUGGCAUCUGAUCCUGCAGAAGCCAAUCCAAAACCAGUUGAGACUGAUUCAAAACCUGCAGAUAAUGAAGCAAAUUAGAGAUACAUAUAGUCAAUAGAUGGUUGGAUCCUAUUUUCAGGAGCUCUGAUUGUUAGGGAUUCUCCUUUGACUUGUAAGAUUUGGAUUCUCACAAUAUAUCUGUAAAUUUUGAUGGCUUAGUAUAAACUGAGUAAAGAAUAGAUUAGCAAGGUUUUGAGUGUGUACAUGUGGUUGCCUAUGGUUUGUGUAGCUCAACUACAGUAGAACUGUUGGGAAUAAAAGUGUACAGAUGCCUCUUAACCAUCAA